CUUUCGCGCCAUUACUAAUUUCCGCGGGAGUUGUUUUUUUGUUGAGAAAAUGUGGAUCCAAGUAAGAACGUUUGACGGAACGAAAUCGUUGCAAGUUGACAAUUUGUCAAAGUUGACAAAAAUCGAAGAUUUGAGAGAACGUUUGAUUGAACAUUUUAAUGCACCUGUUGAUAGUCAACGACUGUUUUACAGGGGUAAACAGCUUGUAGAUGGGCACACGCUAUUUGACUACAGUGUUGGUUUAAAUGACCUGAUACAGUUGAUGGUGAGAGCCCCAGCUCCUAUACAAGAGUCCACAGAGAAAGAAAAACAUUCAGAAACAGCAGAAAAUGGUUCAGAUAAGGAGAAUGAGCCGGAAAAGACAGAAGAAAACAAAGAAAAUGGUGAUACUGAUUUGCAAGACAGCACAUAUAAGGUUGGAGACGUUAUAGAUGCCCGUGACCUCAGUAUGGGGGCGUGGUUUGAGUCAAAGAUCAUGAAGAUCACUAAAUCUACCUCAGAGUCUGAUAAAACUGAUAAACCAGUAGACAAUGUUAAACCAGUCUUGUCAGAAAGUAGCCUUAAAAGCUCGGACAUCAACACAGAAAAUAAAAACAAUACAACAAACAGAAGUAGUGACAGUUCUUCAAAGUCAAAGGAUGAAAAUGAAAAUGUAAAAAAUGAUAAAACGGAAGCUAUGGACACAGAUGACGCCUCAACCAGUGAUUGCAAAAGCUCAGGAAUAACUUCUUAUGAUAAACUGUUUGACAUUGUGAAGGAUGAUGGAUUUGUUUAUCACAUUAUUUAUGAAGGGUAUGAUGAAGAUGAUCAUGUGCAGCUGACAUGUAAAGACCUCCGACCUCGAGCACGAACAAACAUCAAGUUUGCUGAUGUUACAGUGGGGAGUGUAGUGAUGGCCAAUUAUAACAUAGAAGAGCCAGAGGAAAGAGGGUUCUGGUAUGACUGUGUUAUCACAGACAAAAUUGAUACAAGAACCAACAAGAAAUUCACUGCCACUGUGUACUUUGGGCCUGAUCUUUCACCUUUAGAAAAUUGUAACCUUUUGUUUGUGGAUGAAAUAUUUGCUGUGGAAGAGCCUGGUACCCAGCUUACUGCGGAGGAUUUAGCUGCCAACCCAAACAUGUCACCUGUUAAAAGAACGAACAAGCCAGACUGUGAUCACUGCCUAGACAACCCAAAAAGGAAAUGUAAACACUGUGCAUGUUGUGUAUGUGGUGGUAAACAUGAACCUGAGAGACAAAUCAUAUGUGAUGAAUGUAACAAGGCCUAUCACUUACAGUGUAUGGACCCCCCAUUAGACAAAAUUCCUGCAGAAGAUGAAUGGUAUUGUCCAAAAUGUAAAUUGGAUGACUCUGAAAUUGUAAAGGCCGGGGAAAAACUCAAGGAAAGUAAAAAGAAAUCUAAGAUGGCUUCACAACAGGGAAAUAGUAGCAGAGAUUGGGGAAGGGGUAUGGCUUGUGUAGGUCGACAGAAAGUCUGCACUGUGGUACCAAUGAAUCAUUUUGGUCCAAUACCAGGAGUAGAGGUGGGAACUAUGUGGAAGUUCAGGGUACAGGUGAGUGAAGCAGGUGUACACAGACCACAUGUAGCAGGUAUAGCAGGCAGGGAGAAGGAAGGAGCGUAUUCCAUUGUGCUAUCAGGAGGUUAUGAAGAUGAUACUGAUAAUGGUGAAUCAUUCUUCUAUACUGGUAGUGGAGGACGUGACUUGUCAGGGAACAAACGGACAGCAGAACAGUCAUGUGAUCAAACUCUAACCAGGAUGAACAGAGCUCUGGCUAUAAAUUGCAAUGCACCAAUAGAUGCUAAAAAUGGAGCGACAUCGAAAGAUUGGAGGAAAGGCAAACCUGUGAGAGUAGUGCGAAAUUGUAAGCUAGCUAAACAUUCAGAAUAUGCACCAGAUGAGGGGAAUAGAUAUGAUGGCAUAUACAAGAUAGUGAAAUACUGGCCUCAGAAGGGUCAGUCUGGUUUCUUGGUUUGGCGUUACCUGAUGCAGAGAGAUGACCCAAUCCCCGCCCCAUGGACAACUGAAGGCAAGAAAAGAACCAAACAGCUUGGAUUGGCCAUGCAGUAUCCAGAAGGGUAUUUGGAGGCACAAGCCCUGAAAGAUAAGGAGAAGGAAGAAUCGGAGACUCCAAACAAGGGUAAAGGCAAGGGAAAACGUAAACGUAAUGACAGUGAUGAGGAAAAACAAGAAACAAGUCCAACUAAGAAGGUGAAGAAAGUUGCUGCUUACAAAAUAGAUGACGCCCAGUCUAAAUUGAUCAAACAAGACAAGGAAAACAAGAAAUUAUGGAAUGAAGCUCUUGAUGUUACAAAAGAAGGUGGACAGAAAUUUUUACAGAAAGUCGAGGAGUUGUUUACUUGUAUCUGUUGCCAGGAUUUGGUAUUCAAGCCUGUAACAACGGCAUGUCAACACAACAUUUGCAAGUCGUGUAUACAGCGCUCAUUUAAAGCCGAUGUGACCACAUGUCCAGCUUGCAGGACUGACCUUGGCAAGGACUAUAAGAUGCCCAUUAACACUGUGCUGUUGGACAUACUUCUAAAAUUCUUCCCUGGAUAUGAUGCUGGGCGAUAAAUAUAGUCUUUAAUAAGUGCUGUCAAUUUUGUUAACUUCCCACCUCUAUAGGGAAUGCUGUUUUAGUGGGUUCAGUUAUUAUUCUAAAGGUAUUUUAAACUCAGAAUAUAAUCAAUUGUGUAUGUGAAAUAAUAUAUCUUUAAUACAGGGACUAGAGUGACAGUGUUGAAGAUUAGUUUUACGAAAGUAAAAUUGAUCUUUAACAUUGAUUUUUUUUCCUUGUAAAUCUGAAUGCAUUACAUGUUAGAAUUAAAGUAUUGUUCGUUGUUUUUGGCAAACAGUCUUAUAUUUUUUUAUCAUUCUUUUCUAACCAUGUUUGACAUUAGAUUAUGUUCCGUUUAUUGAUUAAGAAUGUGUUUUUUCAUAUUAAAAUGAAUUUUUACUAGAAUAUUUUUAAAUUUAUAAUUCCAUGUAGUAUGAGUAUUAAGGGAUAAAAGAAAGCUUAUACAUAGCUAAAUAAAGGGCAUUUUCCAUUCUUCCUUGAUUCAUGCAAAUGAUUAAAAAAUGGUGUUUAUUUUUGUUACAUCUGUUAACCAUUUACUUUCAUUCAAUAUUUUCUUCACAGUGAAUUAUUCAGUGUGACACCUGUAUCCAUUACAAAGUGUUAGGUGAAAAUAAUGCUCAAUAAUGACGCUAAGAGUUGCUAAGAAUAGAAAAAUAUGUGCAAAAAUCAUUGUUUUCCAGUCAUUACGUAGUUAACCCUGCAUGAAUUCUGUUAAAUUGCAGUAAACAAAAGGAGAAAUAUUUGCAGUUUUUACAGGGCUGCUUACGAAAUAUUUUGGCUUGUUAAAGACUUCUACAAAGUAAGAUCAAUCGAAUAGACUUUGAAUGUACAAGUUUGUACUAGAUUUUUUAACCUUGAUAUGAUAUUGAUGUUGACUUUCAAAAAGAUAUUAGAAAAUGAUAUGAUCAUCUGUAUUUGCCAUUCUAUUACAAUUUUAACAUACUGUAUGCAGGAUGAGCUGUUUGAAAUGGUAUGCUAGGAAAUCCUUGUUUUAGACAAUGAAACAAACUUAUAUGUUACCUCAGAGUGCUCUGAAAGAAUGUGUAAAAGAAAUAUAUAAUAAUAUGUACUUUGUAUACAUUUGUAGAAGCGAUAUUGUGUUGAAAUUACAGAAUAAACUUAUGUUUACUUGA